UGCUCUCGAGAGCUGUGACUCUUCAUCCUUUCCUUAUGAAGACCCAGGGGAUUGCUUACUUAGCAUCCACCAGAGGCAAUGGAUAGGGUGAGCAGUCGCUGCAGCCAGAAAAGCCCAGCACGGAGCAAAGGCAAUUACCUCUGCACGCAGAGACUUUGGAGCUGAAUUGUGCUGAACAGAGAGCCCCUCCGGCUGGCAGAGCCAUGUGCGGCCGAGAAGAGCAGCCACUUGCACUCCGCUGAAAAGCAAUGCAAGCAUAGCAGUGAUAAGAACUGCUUCCAGGUCUGGGUGGACGUGAACCUGAGCGGAGCCUGAAGGCGUUAAAGCCAAGCUGACCAACAAAACUUCUAAAAUAUGACUACAGUGAGGAUUUUAGCUCCACGAUGCUGCCAUGCUGGGAUGUGACAGGCUUCCUACCCAGGUCUGGAAGGUGCUCAAUGAUGUUAGCAGCAAACAUAAACCCCGAUGAGGAGCAGCAUGAGCCAUGGAGGGACCUACCCCAGAGCCCGCAUAUGUUGAUGUGGACAAGGGACUGACACUAGCAUGUUUUGUCUUCCUCUGCCUUUUCUUGAUUGUGAUGAUAAUUCGCUGUGCAAAAGUCAUCAUGGACCCUUACAGUGCUAUUCCCACAUCCACAUGGGAGGAGCAGCACCUGGAUGACUGAGGGGGCUUGACUACACAGAGCCAUAAGAUGCUGCAAUCUAGGAGGCCUCUUCCUAUCAGGGAGGCAAGCAGGAACAGCCAUUUUCAGAUAUGCAGGAUGAUGGCAAUAUAUCUAAGAGCCAAUAGUUCAUGUGAUUAUUGCUCAAUAGACCAGAACAUCAGCAAGCCAUUCUGGAAGCACAAUAAUACUAUGCAGCAACCCUCAUCUUAAUGAAGAUGGUCAUCACAUAACUCAGUAGCACAACGUCCUCUAGACUUUUCAUACAGCUAUAGCACAGUUUGCCCUCUCAACGUCUCCCACAAAUUCAGGGCUUUAUUCAGAAAUUGGAAUUUGAUAAAGCAAUAAGAAUGUCUUCCCUGAAUACAAGAUUGCUUCAAAUACCUUCCUGAGUCAUUAUAUUUGUGCUUGGAAGAAAGGCAAAGUUUUGCAGUUGUGUCUGCCCAGGUAAUGUUAGGUAGAAUCAUAAAAUCAUCAGGGCUGGAAAGACCAACAAGGUUAUCUAGUCCAAUCAUCCGCCCAGGAGAAGGAACACUAAAGCACCACGGCUAUGAGCAAGUUUAUUCUCAGUGAAUUAAGUAGUGUCCAUUUGCUUCCCCACCACAGUACCAUCAUAUUUCUAGUGAUCAAGACACAGAAGUACUCAAACUGCAGUUCCCAAGGGGGCUGUGGACUACGGUUGACUCUGCAGCAUGGUCUGUCUCUAUCCUAUUCAUGGAUAACUAGAUAUAUUGACAUCUGCCAUAGACCAUCAAUCAGCCCGAUUUCUUGCAUGAGCUCAGUAACUAACCACAGUUCACAGAGCAGAGCUUGGACACCACUGGCUUCAACUACAAAGAACUUGCAGUGUUUAUCAAAGAGCGAUUCCACACAAAACUUCAUUAAUCUCUUUGUUCAGAGACAGUUCAGUGGGGUCGCACAUAGAUGUUAAAGACAGUAAGCAAAGACGUUCCUAGUUUUGACAGUCAGAUUUGUUAGCCCAAGUUACAGUAGCAAGAACAUACAUUCUACCUCGAACAAAUUCAGUACCUUUAAAAAAAAAACUUUUUCCCCAUGUUUUUGGUGAUUAUCUAUGUAUUUCCUUUACUCAGUGCAUUAAGAAAGCCUUUAUGAAAGAAGUGAAAAAGGGAACUUUGGAAAUAUAUUAUUUACAUUUUGAAGAGUGGUAAUUGAAGGUUUCCCACAUCCUCCAUUUCUUAAGUUCUAAGGUUUGCCCACAGCUGCCUUGUGUGUCUACACAUAUGGCUUAAGGGAUCAUAAAGAGUUGCUGAAGCAAUCAGGAGUAGGUACUGCAACCACUGAAUAGACGAGACCUAAGAGCACAGAUUUGCAAAAAGGAUACUUCAUUUUCUCCUCUUCCUCACCAUCUUGUUUUCUACAUUCUUGCCAUAAGACAACAUAGAACAGAUAAAAAAGAUGGAAACAGGGGUUGGAGCAAGGAACCAGGACAUAACAGUGUAGGCUGGAUAUAGACUCUGUAGAUUGCUAUUCUUGACCCUGACAGAUUUGUUUGACCAUUGCACGAGUCCCCUCUCUCUGUCUCAAUCUUCAAACAUGUAAAAUUGGUACAAUACAAUUAACUUGUCCUGCCCUGUUUCAGCUAUAUCAUACCGCUAUAUAAGCUCUUGAAGAGCCUUAGAUAGAGACAUGAAAAUAAGAUACUGAUUUACAACUUCUUUAUGUAAAACUAAACAGGAAGGUCUGAAUCUCAAUGUGCAGCAAGGGAAAAGGGAAGGGAAAAUCUCCACAGCAGAGAGCUUGUCCAGACGUCUAUGCACUUUUAUUGAGGUCAGAUCAUCCUGAGUCAUUCUGAUUGCACCUGAUUUUAUUGCCUAUUCCAUUGAGUUCCAAGGAGUACUGACUACAGAAGAGCAGAUUAUGAGGUAUAUGGAAACUUUGCAUGCACCUUUUGCCCUAGGCUCAACUGCACAAUUUCAGCUAAUCUCUGCUGUAGGAGAGCCCAUUCAGGAGGGAGGAGAUUUGAGGAUCAGCUUUAAUCCUGCUCUUCUUUACCAAGAGAUCUCCACUACUUCAGUUAUCCACUGCAGACUGCUCACCAGCCUGCUGUUCAGCUUCAGGUUCUGUUAGCUAAUUAACCACUAGUAACAGAAGUUUUAUAAGUGUGAAUGUUAAAGUCCAACACUCUUUGAGCAAAUAUGCUGGUCUCUUAUUCAUGUGCGCGCCUAUCCAUACCAUAGAAACCAAUGCGCCAGCUCAAAGGGCAUUGCUUUCAUUCCACUGACAUUUAGAGCCUGUUUUUUUGUCAUUAAGUUCCAUAUUCCACUUUGAUACCAGUGAGGCUACAGAAUAUACAAAGCAAGAAGUAGUAAAAUAACUAUUUCCAGGCUACAGAGACUUCUGUAUUUCAGGUUACCUGGCUAUAUUCACAACUGACACAGCAAGAAAAGUGCUUGACACUACUCCUGGUGCCAACAGUCCUCUCAAGGAGAAUAUGCAUGCUUUGGCUUUGCUGCACACCACCAGUAAGCCCCUGUUCAGCUAAGGAUUUAUGCAUAUUCUUAAGUUUAAGACCCCGAACUCCCAGGGAGCAGAGUCAGCCCUGUGCUGUGCCUUUGGCUGGGCAUGGACAGCAGCACAUAGCCUUCAGGGGAAGGAAACGCAUAUGAGAGCAAAGGGUUACGAAUGCUGGGGAAGCAAAUAGGUUCACUUCACAAGAAUAUUUGUGGUUAUCUCCCCUCUCUCCCUCAUUCAUCUACACAAAACAUUUUAAGAUUUUAUUUUACUUUCUGUUUGCAAAAAGCCUCCCCUACAUCAAACCUUUUCCUACGACUACCUAAACAUUGGUGGGGUUGUUUUUUAUAGUUGUAAUGUAUAUAUGUAUAUUCUAAUUUCUGCCUUCCACCAAUGGUUACCAACACAGCCUCACCACUCUAACUAAAAGCAAUACCAAACACCAUGCUGAAAGCAGAAGCUUCACCUUGCUUGCAUUCUGGGUUGACCUGGCCAUCCAGGACAUGUUUGUUACUCCAUCUCCUGGGAGUCUGGUUGGCAGGGCCACGUUCCUGAGCAGUGGAAGUUUAGUAGGGGCUGCAUCGCUCAGUACUAAUUGCAGCUGCAUGUAACAAGUGCCUCUGCCAGUUCUGUUGUUUUUAAUCAUUAUGCCAUAUGACCGGCAAUUGCACUCAGAGGAAAUAAUGCAAACUUACUGCAGAUGUAUUUACUUAAUGCAAUAAACAGC